AUGUCCGGCCGGCAAGAAAGUGAUCUUUUGGGCUCGAGGUCUGUUAAACCUGGUACUGGUGCUAUCUUUUUUGUAACUCAUGUUUGGGACCCCCUUUUUUAUCAAUAGCUACAUGUGUGUGUAGCAUUUUUUAUCAUUCAAUAAACUUUAAAAAGUAUCUGUCUGCUGCAGUGGAUUUUAACCCUUGGAGGGGCUUGAUUCUAAUUUUUUACACAUAUUUACUAGCCAUAUAUAUUGGAUUCAUAACUUAUUGGAACUUAUAUUAGAUUAAUUUCAGCAGUCCAUAGACUCUGCCUUCCUUAUCUAAUAGGUGGUGAUGACAGGACCAGCUGAUACAUUUGUAUUCGAAUAAGAGAGCAAACAUUAACAUUCAUUUAUUGUGAAGUGCUCUACACAUUUCCAUUUCCACUAAAUCCUAUGUAUUUUUAAUUGAUUUUUUCAAUUAGUGUGUUUUAUUUUGAUUGCUUAACCCCUGGUGGUGGUUAUUUUAUACUAGUGAUACAGUGGUUAUGGUAGCCGUAUCUAAUCUUUAUUUUUAAUCUUAGAAAGAUACUCUACCGAAUUUGUUUGGUGUAUAUCUACUAAGUUUUAUCAUAUUGUUGUUCUAAUACUAGUAGGACUACUAAAUGACGUCCAGGUGACAGUAGUCAACCUAUACGCCCCCAACACCAACCAGUAUGACUUCCUUAGGAAAGCUUUACAACAAGUAGACAAGAAGAAGAAAGGGCAGACGCUUAUAUGUGGAGACUUUAACUGCGUACUGGACCCAGCUCUAGAUAGGACCGGCAAACCCUGUUCCCACUUGCGAUCAACACAGCUAGGGAUGAAAGUGACAGUGCUCCUCAACUCACACGGCCUACACGAUACAUGGCGUUCGCUAUACCCAGCAUCUAAAGACUACACGUUCUAUUCCAAGGUACAUGAUCGAUACUCCCGGAUAGACAUGUGCUUAGUGGAUGUGAAAACGCUAGAUACCCUGGAGGAGGUAUCGAUUGCCCCUUUGACUUGGUCAGACCAUGCCCCCCUCACUUCAGUCUUCACCACGCUCCACCCGGUCCGGGGUCGGGGUCAGUGGAGACUAAACGAAUCACUGAUAGACAAUGUGGACAGGGCGGCCGAGAUAAGGAGUGCCUUGGCGCACUACUUUGUAGAUAACCACUACACCGACACGAACGUCGCAAUGACAUGGCUUGCCCAUAAGGCAGUAAUGCGCGGUCUGCUAAUACGACAAGGGGCAAAACUGAAGUGCCAACUGACAGAAAAGAGUAAGACCCUACUGACCGACUUAAAACAAGCAGAAACACGACACAAGACCUCCCCCACACACUCCAACAGGCAGGAGGUACAGAAGUUAAGGGCCACUAUAGAAGCACUACAGAUGCAGCAAGUAGAAAGGGCAAUUCGUAAAAUGAAAACCAACUACUAUAGACAGGGUAACAGAGCGGGCAAAAUAUUAGCCUCCCAACUCAGGGAACGCACCUCGCAGGCAAAGAUCCCAUAUAUUAAGGACGACACGGGCACCAAGAUUAGAAACCCCAAAGCGAUAGUAGACAAGUUUGCCCAAUUUUACGCAGGGCUAUACAACCUGUCUGGGGACGCCAACCAACACCAACCCAGUCCCCAAAAUAUUACUUCCUUCCUAGACGGAGUGA